CGUUGCAAGGAAAGCGAAACUCACCGUCGGCAGUCCGCGAUGCCGCGCCUGGACGCUGCGUCUGGCAGGAACAUGAUUGGUUUUCUAAGAAAUGGAUUCCAAUUGGCACUUAAUGCACUAUUCCCAUAUUUUGCUGGUCAGGUCAAGAAAUUAUUGACCAAAUUCUUCCUGAUUAUAUUGGCAUUGGGUCUUGUCACCUUUCUUAUCCUGUCACUAAUCAUGGCCCAAGUGAAGGAUUCUUCCAUGAAUUCGAAGCAGGCCAUUGCCAUAAGAGCAGCUCCUUGGUGGAAGCUUCCCGAAGUCGUUAAAUUCCUGAAGGACUUUCUGGUUAUUGUGGCUACUCUGAUGCCUCACUGUGAACCCCUGACAGAAAGGAAUCUUGUGAAGCAUCGCGAUCAGCUGGGCAAUGACCGACUACUGCUUCAAGCAUGUUUCAAUGUGGCCAUCAAUGGAUUUAGAAAGGAGCCUAUGGCUGUGCAGCAAAAUGCCCGGCUGUUGAUCCAAUGCGACGGACUAAGCAUGGAAUUCCUUGCUGGCAAGGGCCACUGUGAGAUUUCCGUGCUGAUCUUCAAUGGGAAGAUCCAGUAUGCCGUCAAGGAACUGACUGCUGAAAUGUAUCACACGAGGAUGCUUGUCCGUGAGGAGCCGUGGAGUCCCGAUGAUCUGCUAAGAGUGAAGCAUACCUUGGAAACCUGGGGAAUUCUUUCGGGGAUCCUCAGGAAAUGCUUGCAGGUGACAUUGCAGAAGUUUGUCAUGGAGCCGUUGAAAAUCCAGAGCGAUGUUUAUAUAUUAGUGGAGUGUGGUGGGCAUAUAGUGAAGUUUGUGUCAGGCAAGAAAGGGAAUUACGUCUAUAUCCACAGCGACAGUGAAGGCACCAUCCACUACCAGGUCAGCUCUCAGAGCUUGUGGACCCAAGUGUCCCGGUUCUGGAGUGGCGCCAAAGAUGACAUGUUCCCUUCAGCGAGUAAUCACUUGCAAUUAGAGUGCGAUCAGUGCUGAGAAAGAGUAGACAUCUCAUUGUCUCAAAAGGCGGCACUGGGCAGGCAAGAUGGAACCAUUUGAGCACACAAGAAUCCAAACAGUUUUUAUUGAAUAAAAGGUGGGAGGUCACAAAGAAAAUUCUGUCGACCGCUGUGUUUCAACAGCAAACCCUCUCUGUAGAAUCACUGCAGGCAGUCCCUGCUUAACGACCACAAAUGUCAUUAGGCAAGACAUCACAUGAUCAUGAUGGACUUACAUCCUGACUUCUGCUGUGGCUGUUAAGUGAAUCACACAAGUUAUUAAAGGAGACACCACGUGACUUUGAUUUGCAAUUUUACUGCUGGUUUCUCCAUUGAGUCUGCUUUUGGAAACCGGCUGUGAAGUGUGCAAAUGGCAAUUGUGUGACCGCAGGAUGCUGCGUCAGUUAUAAAUGCCCGCCGGUUGCAAAGUGCCUGAAUCUUGAUCAUGUGACCGCAGGGAUGCUACAAUGGUCCUACAAGGACCAGUGGUAAAAUUACUGUUUCAGCACCAUUGUAACUUCGAAUGGCCACUAAACAGGGCAGUCGUUAAGCAAGGACUGCCUGUAUUCAACUCUU